GGGGACGGUGUGUGCAGGGGGCCGUUCCCUGAGGAGAACGCGGUGUGUAGGGGCAGGACCGUCCCUCACGGGAGACGCGGAAUGGGGACACCGCUUUGGUCAUCACUGUGGAAUUCCUGGUAUGAGAAGGCAGAGCGUCAGGGUAGAGAGAGGAUCCUUGCUGAACUGCUGUAAUCAUGAAGGCAGUGGUUUUAAUUGUUCUAAUCAUCUUCACUUUGCUGUCUUCAGGGAAGAAAUUCCGAUGGUGCACCCUUUCUGACCUAGAACAGAGAAAAUGUGCUGAACUGUCCAAAGCACUUACGGCUGCGGUGCCCCUUGCUACUGUCAAUUCAUUUGCUAGGAUUUCUUGCAUCAGAGCCCACAAUACAUAUGACUGCAUUGAUAAAAUCAGGGUGAAUAAAGCAGAUGCUGCCUCCUUGGAUGCUGGAGAUGUUUACUCUGCUGUAAAGCUAUAUGGUUUGACAGUGGUGGCAAAGGAGAUCUAUGAGCAAGGGAAUUGUGUGUUUGCUGUGGCCAUUGCCAAACGAGGAACUCUGGAUAUCCAGAGGCUACGAGGUGCACGCAGCUGCCACAAUGGAGCCAGAUGGACAUCAGGCUGGAAUAUUCCACUUGGCUUUCUCCUUGCAAGCAAUGAUCUUUCCUGGGAUGAGGCGCAACCUCUGAGCCACGUAAUCAGUGAGUAUUUCAAUGCAAGUUGCAUCCCUGGGGUUGGUGUUGCUGCUCCUCGACUGUGUUCUCUCUGCCAAGGACAGAAAUCCUAUGUCAGAGACAAGAACCACUUCUGUGAGACAAGCAGUAACGAACCCUUCUAUGACUCUGAGGGAGCCUUCAGGUGCUUGAAGAAUGGAGUGGCAGAUGUUGCCUUUUUAGAUCAUCUAACAAUUAUGAGUGCCACAGAGGCAGAACAACAGGAAUAUGAACUCUUAUGUCCGGAUGGGACUACGGCUGAGCUGACUGAAUACAGCACCUGUAACUUGGGCAAGGGGCCUGGCCGUGGCAUCAUCACCCGCCACAACUUCCAGAAGAUCACCAACAAAUUUCUUACCAUGAUCCAACGCCUCUUUGGGCAAAAAGGAAAGGAAAGAGCCAGGUUUGAACUCUUCACUUCAUCACCCUUUGGGGGAAAGAACCUGCUGUUCCGAGAUGCCACUCAGCACCUGCAGCUUCUUGAGGAGCAGCUAGAGAUUGCCUAUGUCCUUGGUCUGGAUUACGUUGCUCUUCUUAAGGGACUCGGCCAUGAAGGGAGCUCUUUGGAAAACAGUGUUGUGCGCUGGUGCUGCAUUAGUGAUGCUGAGCUGCGCAAAUGUGAGGAGUGGGCGCUGAGCAUCAAAUCUGAUCCGUUAGUCUGUGUCCAAGCAAAUUCCAUGACUAAAUGCAUUGAAAUGAUCAAGAGUAGUGAGGCUGAUGCCGUCACCCUGGACGCAACACAUGUCUACAUUGCAGGGAAGUGUGGAUUGGUGCCUGUAGCUGCAGAAUGUUAUGGGGGAGAUUGUGCCCCAGCUGCUAAGAGCACGGAGGAAACACGGAAACAAAUUCAUCUUAAGCACAAAGCACUGCCACCAGUUUAUGCUGUUGCCUUAGCUAAGAAAAAUGCCAAACAGAUUAACAUUCGUAACCUUAGGGGAAGGAGAUCCUGCCACAGUCACCUGUAUAGUCCUGGAGGAUGGUUACUUCCUUCCAGAUACACAGUGGGAGCUCUGGAGAACGGUACUGGGAACUGUGACAUUGGUUCUGUUUAUCAGAAUUACUUUUGGAAGAGCUGCAUGCCAGGAGCAGAUGGAAGCCUGUGCAAGGUGUGCAUUGGAGACAGUGAGGUGGAAGGGGCUCGAGUAUCUAGCAGAUGUGCUGCCAGUCACAACGAACGUUACUAUGGCAAUAUGGGAGCACUCAGGUGCCUAGUUGGCAAUCCCAGUGGAAGAAGCUUCGGAGAUGUAGCUUUCCUGGAACACUCUAACCUACUCCAGAACAUACAGAAUCUGGACAGCACUGGUUGGGCAAAAGGUUAUACCGCUGUUGACUUUGAACUCUUGUGUCCAGAUGGAACGCGCGCUGCAGUCACAGAAUGGGCAGGCUGUAACCUUGGCCCCAUUCCCCCCAGCACGGUUAUGACUCGACCAGUCACUGUCACUAAAAUCUAUGACUUCCUAAUGAAAUCCCAGGAAUCUCUGGGAAGCAAACCGGAUUCUGAAUUCCAUCUCUUUCAGUCGUGGAAGUAUGGUGAAAGCGAUCUGCUUUUCAAAGAUACUACUCAGUACCUCGUUCAUGCAAGUCACAUGAGCUAUCGGGAAAUUCUUGGAGUGUCUUUCUUUCAACUGGCAGAAUCAGUGUUUAACUGUACACCUGCAGGCAUCUUAAACUUCUGCAAACAGGAUAUCUGUGCAUCCUCAUCAAACUGAUGGCUAAUACAGAAGCCUUCCAAGGCUCAUACAUCACCAUCAACAUUGAAAACAAGGAAAUAUGCAAGUCCAACCUAUCCAAAGCAAUCAGCGAGAAAACAGUCAUCUCUAGAAAUGUAUGCUGAAUAUUCUUGUGUCUUUUUCUUAUUUUUUAAAACAGAUUUUAUGUUUUAUGAUAAUGUAGUACUACUCAUAUGUCACCCCUUUCUUGUUUGGAGCAUGACAUCCUGUGGAACAGCACUGGCCAGUCUGCAUAACCCACAGCACAGAACUAGGAUCAGCAAUUCUGUACAACCACUGUGGAGAAGUCAUUUUUGUGGAAAUAGCAGGGCUGAUACCAUGGACUAAAAUAUAGACUGUCAGGAGUGGCACAGGUUAGUCAGUAGCAGUUUGCCUUGCUUGUUUUAUAAACUGUUUCCAUGGGAAGAAAAAAAAUAAUCAACUGACAUUUUUGUAGUUGCAGCACUGUCCUCCUAGGUAGUCCUUGCUGAAUACACAUGUAGGUUUUAUAUGUAAUUGCUAUCAGAAUCAGUAGUCUUUUCUGCUUUUAUCUGGGAAGAAUGUACCUUCUGCUCCCAUACAGAUUUUUAAUUAAAAAAAAUAAU